AUGUCUUUAGGGUUCGAUUUCAAGGUGGUGUUGCUCACCGAGGACGGCGACAAAAACGAGGACGGAAGCAUCAACGCUACAGAGAUGCAGGAGUACGUGCUCAAGGGGAUCGACUCGAUGGAGAAGAUGAACGAGUGGUUUGACAGGUUCGACGAGCAGGUCGCGUACCCGAACGAGGGAAAUAUCAAGUACGAUGUUGGCUCAGACGGCAUGGUGGUGGUGAUUGUGAAGACACAGGAGGUGCGCAGCCAGGUGGAGGAUUUUAUCACGCAAACAAAUAACACAAAUAGAAGUAAUGUGUAG